AUGACACUGCUGGGUCCGCCGGAUUAUGACGACGAUCCUCAUGAUCCUGGCCGCUCCCGGAAGAGGCUCCGGACAGCAGGAGAGGUAGCGUCUGAAACGACCUCCUCAUACGCCGCCGUGCGAGACACGACUGAAGUGACCCCAAGAAACCCGCGUAGGGCACCCAAGGCCAGCCGAGCAUGUGAUACCUGCAAGGCCAAAAAGGCGCGGUGCAGUGGCACCAUGCCCUGCACCCGCUGUGCGGAGAGAGGGUUGGCUUGCCUGUACGAUGCACGGUAUUCGCGCGGCCGUCCCCCUACUCCGCCACCCGGCCCGUCUCCAACGCCUCCUCCUGCGUAUGCAACUCUUCGGGCGCCACUGCGAACCACGACGCUGCCGAUCCCGCCCACCGAUGGCUUGGGAUCAACUCCGGGCAGGUCCGCCGCCACUCCAAGUCCAUCCACCGGCCGCUCGGUGGCAGCGGCUCGCGGUAUCGACAUGGUGCCCGUGCAGCCAGAGUCUGGUGUUCCUUUCGACACCUCACAUGAUCCUGAGCCCUCUGACAUCCCGCCUCAGCACCCUGAUGGCCUCGACCCUACUGCAUCCGAAUCUGUCACCAGGCGGGGGUCUCCUGAGCUCUACCCAGCCGAGAUUGGCGGCCAAUACGUGGAGCAGACGUCUGGGCUGGCUUUCCUGCACCGCGCCCACGUCCGCAUGAUCUCGAAAGGCGGCACAACCGAGAGGGACGGCGCCUCGUUAAGCUCUACGAUGGGACCGUCCUCAGCAGAGGGUCUUCAUCCCAGCUACGGCGUACAGGCUGGCUCCAGCUCUCAGCUUCUAAUAACCGCGGGUGACAAACCGAUCCUGUCAUCAGCCUCUCUGCCAGCAUCAGUAGCCUCAGGCCGGAGUGAUGGAGACGGCGGCUGUAACCUAUCCCUGCCGCAAGGAGCCAAGUCCCUGAUGUCGUUCUAUUUUGACAAGUGUGUGGUCACCUACCGCAUUCUGCACCGUCAGAGCGUCGAGGGGUGGCUCGGUGCUAUGGAGCAGGAAUUGGAACAUAUACCCCCUGGUGGUGCCGCAUCAUUCUCUGCCGUGGGCGGGGCAAAGGCGGCCGUCGUCCUGACUGUUUUGGCCAUAGCCAUCCAGAAGCGGGCCAGAAUGUCGCUGCACGGGACUCCCGGGCGCGACGGAACUCGAGAUGAAGACGAGGUGCUCCGCGAGUGCGACCCUUGUUUUUCCAUGGCUCAGAGUCUGGUGAUGGCAGAGACCGGGCUGCCAAAGCUCGAAUCUGCCCAGGCUCGGCUCCUCCAAGUCUUGUACCUCCUCCAAACCUCACGCGUCAACCAGGCCUGGUAUCUCCUCGGCACCGUGUCCCAGAUCGUGUCGGCCAUGGGGCUUCACCGGAAACCCAGCCGCAACAGCAGACCAGCGACCCAGCGCCUCCGCACCGACUACAUCCAGCAGCAGUGCGGCCGCCGGACGUUUUGGGUGCUCUACACCAUCGACGUCUACCUCAGCGUCGUGCUCGGCCGGCCGCGGUACCUCCACGACGACAACAUCGACCAGGAGUACCCCGACUCGGUCGCCGACGAGGAGAUGACGCCCGCCGGGGAGCGGAGCAGAGGCAGGACGACGACGACCAUGGACGAGGCCGAGCGCGACGACAGCCCCAUGGAGGCCGUGGUGCAGCACGCCAAGCUCGGGCGCAUCAUCGCCGCCACCUGCCGCGAGGUAUACGCCAUCGGGCCGAACCCGUCGCGCCGGGACCGCCUGCGCCUCGCCCUGGGCUGCGAGGCCCGCCUGCACGAGUGGCGCGCCUCCCUGCCGCCUCUUCUCGGAGCCGUGAGGCCCUCGAGCCUGGUGCCCAGCUUCCGCCGCCAGGCCGUCGCGCUGCGGCUCGCCCACGCCCACGCCAUCAUGCACGCCGCCCGGCCGUUUCUCCUCCUCAGUCGCGGCGGCGGCGGCGGCGAUGACGGGACGGACGGGCGCGCGCACCCGGAACAGGAGCAGCGGCGCGAGAUGGUGUCCAAGUGCCUCCGGGCGGCCGGCACGGUCCUGGAGCUGGUCGAUUCGAUCGCCGGCGACGAGUCCUUGUUUCACGCGUUUUGGUGGAGCCACUACGUUACCUUUUGCGCCAUCGCCGUCACUUUUGUCUGGGAGAUCCAGCAGGCUUCGUGCUCGAGUUCCAGUUCCAGUUCCAGUUCCAGGCCCGACGAGCCGAGCCCGCAGCCGCUGGAGCCCGCAGUCGCAGAGCAGCUCUUUGCGCUGGCUGAAAGGUGCCACGCUCACCUGUCCCGUGUACUGUUUGCGGAUUCGUUUGGGCGCAGGUACACCGUGAUCCUGGAAGAGUUGAGGCUCGAGGCCAGACAUCAAUCGGCCGAACUCACGCCGACGGCAACCGGCAUAAACAGACAAGUGGCAGCGACGGUGCAAAGAGUGUCUGCUGCCGGGGCUGAUGUUGACGACAUGCCGAUCAGCAGUGUAGAGUGUACCAUGGGCAGAAAUGACGAGCAGGGCCUGGCUGGUGGCUUCAACGACUGGGCGCCGAUAGAUUGGAUGGAGCUGGAUGCUGCGCCAAACAAUCGUCCUAGCUACAUCCUCUGCGGAGAUAAGGCUCAUUUUGCUCGCAUCAAUGGCGGUGUUCCCUUGGAACUUCUCGGCGGGAUUCGGACCCAUCGUACUUUGCAACAAGGGUGUCAAGGUCAUUCCUAUCCGGAGACAUAUCAGAUCAAGUUUCAGGUCAGGCUGGGCAGCGUGCAGAUCAGACAGAUGCCAUUCUCGAUCUGCAUAUACACAGACGAAUCACUAUCGAUCCAAGUACUCACCUGGCAGUACACAGUUUAUCCUCAGGCCGGUCGGAAAGAUGUCCUUGGCGACGUUCUGGCUGAAAUAAUCACACGCGACCUUGCUCGCCCCGUAGGCAUACCCCCCAGCGCCAGGGACGAGGGAGGCUAUGCUGCCGACGUUGACGAUGGCCGGGUGGCUGCCCUUGUCCAUCUUCACCAUGGCCCGGACCUGCGCUCUGGUGCAGUACAUGGUGCCGUCGGCGUUGAGCCUAAAGAUGCGCCGCCACGCGUCGUCCGUCAAGCUCAAGAGAGCCGGCACCUCGCCGCCCAUGGGGGGCAUCGGAUCCCCGCCGCCCGCCACGUUGGCGGAGCCGUGGAUGCCGCCCGACUCCUCGACGAUGCGCUGCACCCAUUGGUCGACUUGGGCGCUGUCGCCGACGUCGAUCUUGUCGAGAUAAAUCUUGGUGUCCUUGUUUGUGUCGUUCAAUUCCGCGCGGACCUUGUCGAAUAG